AUGUCGGACGUCGAGGAUGAGUACGAGGAUGAGGAGGAGUACGAGGAAGAGGAACCUCAAGCCGACGAGAACAAGCAGCCAGAGGCGAAAGAAGAGCCAAAGGAAGAGGCCAAGGCUCCAGAAGCCGAUGCUCCAGCCGCCGCUUCUCCGAAGGCUGCUGUGCCACCAUCGAGCCUUAAGAGUCCGACUCCAGGCCGGCAGAUCCAAUUCACUCCAAGCAUUCCUUUGAGUGUUCAGCGAAAACAACAAAACUACUCGUCUGGAAAGCCAUCGACUGUUCACACCAAGGAAAAGCUCAUGCGUUCCGAGGGAAUCAUCCCAAUCCAGGCCGGAUCGAACAAAUAUGCUUCCCAAAAGGGAAUGACCGGAUUUGGUGUUCCUCGUGACGUCAUCGACAAGGUCAAGUCGGACAAUCUCGCCGAGAUCACCGAUGAAAAGAAGAUCGCCGCCCUUAAGGCCUCGACCUGGCUCCAAUCGGGAACCAACAAGUUUGCUUCCCAGAAAGGACAAACCGGAUUCGGUUGCCCAAGAGAUGUCAACUAUCUCACCAAAGGAACCGGUGGUGCCAGCGAAGUUCCAGAAGAGAAGGCUCGCGCUUCUGAUGGAAUCGUCCCGCUCCAAUCUGGUACCAACAAGUUGGCUUCUCAGGCUGGAAUGACCGGAAUCGGAAUGCCAAGAAUUGUUGAUGUUCGACGAACUGCCGACCAAGACCGUGAUUCUCAGGGAUUCAUCCACUUGCAGAUGGGAACCAACAAGUUUGCCAAUCAAGCUGGAAUGACUGGAUUCGGAAUGCCAAGACACAACAUUACCAAGUACAAGGAUGAGGUUCGAGGAGAGAUGCCACACGACGAGGGAUCCCUUUCCCGACAAACGUCUGGAUGGAAGGAGGGAGCUUCGCAGGCUGGCAUGUCUGGCUUCGGAGCUUUCCGUAACAACACCGUGGCGUUCAUGCAGGCUCAAGAUCAACGAUCACAGGGAAUGAUCCCAUACCAGAUGGGAGUCAACUUCCUCGAGUCGCAAGCUGGAAAGACUGGAUUCGGACAGCCAAGACAAGUGUACACUCCAUUUGUCGACGACACUCACGAGGAUCUCCCUGCCGAUCUUGCUCGUCAACCAGACGUUCCAUUCUGGUCCGGACAACGUGAAGCUGAACAUGCUAACCAGACCGGUAUGACAGCCUUCGGUACACCUCGUGAUGUUCGCGGAGAAUAUGUGCGUCGUAUGUGGUAG